AUGAAGGGGGGCAAGCAUGAUGAAGCUCACUUUGAUGUGUUCUUCCUUCCCAACAUUGCUGCCUUCUUUGACACUCUGAUCCCCCACCUGGUGAGCAACGUAACUUGGGAUGACAAAGUUCCUGAGCUCCCUGAGAGAAUGGGGAUCAAUGGGGACUGGGUUGUUCAGUAUCUGCUUCACAAUGCAUCUGACCUUGUCCGGGUGGAUGAACAUAACUCUUUGGGAGCAGACAGAACUUGCAAGGAUCGAAUAACCUUCAUGCUGGAGACAAACAGUCAAUGGUAUGGCCUUAUUGCUCCCUUUGUUCCCUCCACACCCAGUGCCACAUACACGUUCCCCUUGAGUGGAGUGGUGAUCAAAGACAAGUCACCAUCAGGGAAACUGAUCCAGCUGGUGCAGCCAGAGUUCCAAGGGUAUAAUCAUCCUCAUCACCCCAUGCCUGGCACUUCCACUCAGUUUUGUUAUCCACCUACAUUCCCUCCCACAGGUCCCUCAACUCCUCCAUUGCAAACUCCUGUACACCCCACUCCCCAACCCACAGCAGGCCCAACCCACAGCAGGCCCUUCCACCACUUGGCCUAG